AUGGUAUGGUACCCCCACUUAGAAGAAGAAGAAGUUUCGAUGCUUUGCCCAUUUUGCCGUAGAAACUGCAACUGUCUAGAAAUAGGUGGCGAGAUGGACCUGGCUGCUGGCAUUCAGGUGGCGCAGUUGGCCCUUAAGCAUCGCCAAAAUAAAAAACAGCAACAAUAUUUAUUGUAUUUGCUGGAAGUCCUAUCAAACAAGAGAAACCAGACAUUGGAGUCUAUUGGAAGAAAGUUAAAAAAGAACAGUGUACCACUUGAUAUUGUAAAUUUCAGUGAAGAAGAUGAUGCGAAGACAGAGAAGCUGGAUGCACUUCUUGCUGCCGUUAACAACAAUGACACUAGCCACAUUGUACAUGUUCCACCUGGCCCUAAUGCUCUUUCUGAUGUACUUAUAAGUACACCCAUCUUCACUGGGGAUGGGGAAGGUGGAAGUGGUUUUGCAGCAGCAGCAGCUGCAGCUGCAGCUGGUGGAGUCACUGGUUUUGAGUUUGGUGUGGAUCCCAACCUGUAUCAAUUUCUGGCUCUUGCUCUGAGAGUUUCAAUGGAAGAAGAGAGGGCGAGGCAAGAAGCAGCUGCUAAAAAGGCUGCAGAGGAGACUUCUAAACAAGAAAAAGAAGAGGGACAGCCAUCUGGAACACAGGAUGCAACAAUGACUGAGCAUGCAAGUGUUGGAACUUCUGAAGCUGACAAUAAAACAACUGAUUUAAUGGUUGGUGCCAUUUUCUGCUCAUGAUGUGUUCUGCUGAUA